CUGUUUCAAUGUUAAAAACUGUGUGCAAUCAUAUGUCAAACCAAAUAUAUAAUACUUUUUAUCGUUUUUUUUUUUGAGUGAUGAGACAACAGAUAGUAACAGAUAAAGUCAUUCAACCAUUAAUUGCAAUCUAAAAAAACUAGCCAUCAGUUCAAUUGAUUUAUUAAUAUAUAAUAUAAUAAGUCAUAUGUCUCGUGAAAAUUAUGUUGAAAUUAGAAUAUAUUUAUUAUAUAUUUGAUAUUUAUUGUCAUUAGUUAAUUUAAAUUAGUUUUAAAAUUGUUUUAUUUUAAUUAAACGCUCAAUUAUUAUGUGAUAAAAAUUGUGGUCAUUUUUAAAGCUCUUAUCUUAGAUUAUAUUAGUUUUAUCUGUUAAUUGUUUUACAACAGGCAAUACAAUACAAUAGAAAUGGCAACUGAUGUCCAAAGCAAGUCGGCCCGUAAACCGUCGGUGUUUCUGUUUAUUGCGGCCACUUCGGCAUUAUUUGGGGCAAUAGCAAUGGGUACUGUAUUGGGUUGGAGUUCGCCGGCAGUGACCAGUUUGAAAGAUCCGGGAAGUUCACCGCAAAUCAAAGAAAAGGGCACUCAAACUGAAGCCUGGAUCAAAUCGAGUACCACUUUGGGAGCACUGGUCGGCGCCUUAGCCUCUGGACCAUUGGCUCAGGUGUUGGGUCGUAAAUUAGCUCUGAUUCUCUAUGGUAUACCUAUGAUAGCCGGCUAUUUAUGCUUAUGGUUGGCCCCCGAUUUUGCUACUAUUAUAGUUGGCCGAACACUUACUGGUCUAUCCGCUGGUCUAAUCUCGGGAACGGCUCCAACAUAUGUGGUUGAAAUUAGUACUGAAAAUGUUAGAGGAAUGUUGGGAACGGGAUUUCAGUUAAGUGUAACGAUUGGCAUAUUAAUGGUGUAUGUUUUCGGAGCAUUCUUAACGUGGAGUUGGCUAUCAUUUAUUUGUCUGUUUUUACCGAUUGUAAUGUCACUAUCGAUGCUUUUGAUGCCCGAAACACCCAUUUGGUUGAUGACCAAAGCUGGUGGCGAUCACUCUAAAGGAUCUAAAGUGGAAAAAUCUUUGAAAUCUUUGAGAGACACUACCAAUGAUAAUGACUCUGAAUUGAAUGAAAUCGCAGAACAAGCAGAAGAAUCUUCGAAAACAAGUGGCUUUUCAAUGAAAGAGAUUAAUAAUCCAUUGUUUUAUAAGCCAUUUGUAUUAUCUGUGAUAUUGAUGUGGUUGCAACAGUUCUCGGGAAUCAAUGCAGUGAUGUUCAACUCAUCAGACAUGUUGACCGAAGCCGGCAGUACUCUUGAAGGCAAAUAUGCGGCAAUAAUCAUAGGUGUAGCCCAAGUAAUAGCAACACUGGCCGGCACUCUACUGGUCGAUCGGUUGGGCCGUAAAAUACUGCUCAUUGGUUCUGGUAUUGGACACGCAAUAAGUUUGGGUAUUUUAGGCAUCUAUUAUAUUGCGGUCACCGAUCGGCAAAACAGUAGCUUUGGAUGGAUUCCUAUACUAUGUUUGGUUGUAUUCAUUAUAAGUUUUUCACUCGGUUGGGGUCCCAUACCUUGGCUUAUGAUUAAUGAGAUAACAGCGAUGCACUUCCGCGGUGUGGUCAGUGCAUCGGCCACUGGAAUGAACUGGUUUUGCGCUUUUCUUAUUACCCAUAACUUCGAGGCCAUUCAAAAGUGGACGUCACCUCAGUUCACAUUUUUCAUGUUUGCCUUUUGGUGUGUAGUGAGUGUGCCGUUUGUCAUAAUAUUUUUGCCCGAAACCAAAGGCAAGACAUUUGAUGAGAUCCAGAAGUUUUUUGUCAAAUCAUCUGACGGUCACAGCGAUGGUCACAACAAAAUGGAAAUGAAGGGACUGAACGAAUAAUUAAUAAGAAUCUCAUCUUUUAAUACAAAAUCUCAUUAAUCAUAACAUUAAUAUAUUUUAUGCAAAUUUUUAAAAAGUUAUUUUUAUAUAAGUAAAAUAUUAACAUUAAUUUUUGUUAUUGUAUUUAGUGCCUUAAUAUUAUAUAUAU